UUUUGCCCACUUUUUGUUCUUUAUCUUUUUGAUUCACUUAGAAGACAGUUGAAUUUUUGCGAUAUAAGCUGGAUAUAGUUUGGAUAUAUUUUUUAUUUCUCUAUUUUUUUUAUCUCUUUCUUUGGUUUUGAAAGUUUUUUGCAACAAAAAUCAAAAGAAUAACAAGAGAAAGAUAAUGUCUGAUCAAACUCCACAAAUCAGAGAAGCUUUUGUUAGAAAUGCUGUCGAGUUUCUUAAAAAUCCCCAAAUUGCUGCUGCUUCAUUAAAUAAGAAAAUAGAAUUUUUGCAAUCUAAAGAGUUGACAGAUGAUGAAAUAGAAGAAGCAUUAAGAAGAAUUAAAGAUCAAAAUGAUCCAAAUCUUUCAACUACUGAAAGUAUUCAAAAUGACCAAAAUGUUCAAAAUAUUUCGUCGAAUGAAUCCACAAGAUCAACUGCAACAUCAGUACCCACUCAACCAAAUCCACCAAAUAACAGUAACUCUUCCAACAAUAUUGCUCCUAGCCAGACUCAGACUGCGUAUCAAAAUCAGAAUGCCAAUAAUCCCAACUAUAUUUCCAAUCAAAACCCUAAUUUGAAUCGAAAUUUAAAUCGAAAUUUAAACCAGAAUGAUAAUGCUUUUAACAGCAGCUAUUAUCAAAACUUACCACCACCACUACCCGAAAGAGACUGGAAAGAUUAUUUUAUAAUGGGAACAACAACUAUUGGUUUAUGCUACGGAUUAUAUAAAGUGUUUAAUAAAGUACUAAUCCCGUCAAUAUUACCGCAAAGGAAAAGUGAUAUUGAGGUUGACAAGGAAUUGAUUUCUGAAGAAUUUAAUAGAAUUGAAAAUUUAUUGAAAAAAAUUGAAACCGAUUCAAACUUGUUGAAAAAAAACGAUGAAUUAAAAUCAAAUGAAAUCGAUAAAACUUUACUAGAUAUUCAAUCUUUAACCAUUAAUUCAAAGGAAAAGUCAAAUAAAAUUGACGAUGAUUUAAAAUUAAUCAAAUUAGAAAUUGAUGAUAUUAAAAAUAAUUUGAAAAAUUCUUUUGAUAAAAAUAAACUCUUGAUUAAUUCAGAAUUAUCUGAUAUUCAUAAAGAAUUAUCCUCAUUGAAAAAACUAAUAAUUUCAAGAAAUGUUAAUAACAAUAAUAAUAACAAUAAUAAUACCAAUAAUCAAAAUAGCAAUAUUUAUAACAAUGGAUAUAAUAAUAACAACUCAAAUGGAAAUAGUAAUAGCAACCUGAUAGCCUCUUAUUCAAAUGGGGGAUUAAAUAGAACCCUUUCUUCAAUUCCAUCUGUAUCUCAAGUUUUGAGCAAAAAUAAAAUCAAACCUAUUUUAAAUGGCUCAAGUGACAGUAUAAGUUCUAAUCUUACUUCUGCUACUAUCCCAAAUAUCAAUACCGGCAAUAGUAAUAAUAUUAGCAAUAAUAAUAGUAACAAUAAUGAAAUAUCAUCUACAGUUGCAACUACUAAUAAAAAUCCAGAAAAAUCGAAUAUCCCUGAAUGGCAGAAAAUAAAAAAUUAGCAUAAAUAUAUAUAACUGAAUUAUUUCACUAAUUAAUUAAUUAUUUUUUCAUUUUAUUCAAUAAAAAUUUUAAAAAAUAGAAAGUUUCAAUCUAG